AUGUCCUCCCCAGUAAUUGGUAUUUCCUUUGGGAACACAUCCUCCUCGAUCGCCUACAUUAACCCUAAAAACGACGUCGAUGUCAUCGCUAACCCAGACGGUGAACGUUCCAUCCCAUCCGUCCUAUCCUACGUCGGUGAAGAUGAAUACCAUGGUGGUCAAGCUUUCCAACAAUUAGUGAGAAACCCAAAAAAUACUAUCAUUAACUUCCGUGAUUUCAUCGGUUUACCUUUUGAUAAAUGUGAUGUAUCCAAAUGUGAAAAUGGGGCACCAGUGGUAGACAUUGAUGGUAAGGCUGGGUUCGUUAUCGCUAGAGGUGAAGGUAAGGAAGAAAGAAUAACUGUUGAUGAAGUCGUCUCCAGACAUUUGAACAGACUAAAGUUGGCAGCUGAAGAUUACAUUGGUCAAACUAUUUCACAAACUAUCUUGACUGUCCCUACUGAUUUCACUACUGAGCAAAAGGAUGCUUUGGCUCAAGCCGCUUCUAAAAUUGGAUUAAAGAUUGUUCAAUUCAUAAAUGAACCAUCUGCCUCCCUUUUGGCUCAUGUGGAACAAUUCCCAACGGAAAAGGAUGCUAACGUUGUCGUCGCUGAUUUCGGUGGUGUUAGAUCAGAUGCUGCAGUCAUUGCCAUUCGUAAUGGUGUCUUCACCAUCUUAGCUACUGCUCACGACAACAAAUUGGGUGGUGAUAAUCUAGAUGCUGAAUUAAUUGAAUAUUUUGCUAAGGAUUUUGAAUCCAAGAAUAAGGCAAACCCAAGAAAGAAUGCUAGAUCCAUGGCUAAAUUGAGAGCUAAUGCCAUUAUUACCAAGAAAACCUUAUCUAACGCCACAUCUGCUACCAUCUCCAUUGAUUCCCUAGCAGAUGGUUUCGAUUACCAUGCUUCCAUCAACAGAAUGAGAUACGAAUUAACCGCAAACAAAGUCUUUGCUCAAUUCUCUAACUUCAUCGAUUCAGUCAUUACCAAGGCUGGUUUGGAUCCAUUAGACAUAAACGCUGUCCUAUUGGCUGGUGGUGUCUCCUUCACUCCAAAAUUGUCCACCAAUUUGGAAUACACAUUACCAGAAUCUGUGGAAAUUCUAGGUCCAAACAAUAAAAAUGCUUCUAGUAAUCCAAAUGAAUUAUCUGCCUCCGGUGCCGCUUUACAAGCAAGAUUAGUCGCUGAUUAUGAUACUGAUGAAUUGAAGGAAGCUUUACAACCAGUCAUCGUUAACACUUUACAUUUACAAAAGGAUAUCGGGUUAGUGGAUGCUACCGGUGCCUUUGUACCAGUCUUAUCUAAGGAAACUUACUACCCAGUCCAAAAGAAACUACUUUUGAAGAAGGUCAGUGGUGAUUUCUUGAUUGGUGUUUACGAAGGUGAUUCUCACAUUGAAGAAAGAACUAUUGAACCAGAAACCAAGGAUGAAAAGGCCGCUGAUGGGGAAGACAGUGAAAGUGAAUGGUCCGAUGAUGAACUAGAAAUUGUUAGAGAAAGAAAGUAUACUUUAGGCACUAAGCUAAUGGAACUAGGUGUCAAGGGUGUUAAGAAUGGGUUGGAAAUUGUUUUCAAUAUCAACAAGGAAGGUGUCUUGAGAGUCACUGCUAGAGAUUUGAAGACUAGCCAAGUAGUUAAGGGCGAAUUAUAA